AUGCCUUCCCUAACGAAUAUAAUAUCACCCCCAGCAAGUCCUUUGCUUUCUCUGAUAGGUUUUUCUAAAAAGCCUUCAUCUUCAACAACCACUAUCAACAACUCUAAUCAUCAACCAACGAAUAAUAAUACACCUACGAAUAAUACCAACAACAACAACAACACUAACAAUACAACAUCAUCAUGUACUAAAUUAGCACCAAACCUAGAGUUGUCUGAUAUUGCUGAUCAUGAUGGAUUUGUAUCAAUAUCACCAACUUCAGUCGAGUCAAUACCUUCAUCAUCGGAUUCACCAUCAUCAAUAUUAAGUUCUAAUUCUUCUCUGAUAGGAUCAGGAUGGUUAUCGAGUGGAGGAUCUAAUCUAAUGACUCCCCUUACAAAUUGGUUUCAAUUAAGUAAUAUAACAACUCCUCUUACUGACAAUAUUAAAAAUGUUAGUGAUAAUAUUAAAACAUCAACAUCUAAUAUCCGAACAUUUGUAACAUCUACUUUGAAAGGUGCUUUGUCACUUACAAGUUCUAGUGGAUCCAUGAAAGGAAAAGAAGGAUUAGGUGAUUUUGUUUUUGUGGAACAUGAUGAUACAAUUACUCAAAAACCAACAACACAAGAAAGCUUAAUUCAAAUUUCAUUGAAUCUUUAUAAUCUAACUGAAUAUUCGAGUACUUUAUCACCAUUAUUUUAUAAUGAUGAACUAUUGCCUAUUGACGAAUAUAAGCAAUUUUUAAUUGACUAUUCCGAGAAAAUUAAUACUUUCUUAUUAAAAUACUUUAAAAUGGAGCCAAAUAUUGGCAUUAAUUCAAAGAAUUUAUUAGAAUUAUAUGACCUUUGUUCUCUAAUAACAAAAGAUCAACAAUCUAAAUAUUCACAAAAUAUUGAAAAGUGUAUUCAAAAACUGAUAUUUGAAAUAAUAGCUGUUGAUGGUACAUUUAAUGUUCAUUAUGAAAAAGAUACAAAAUUAUACAAAAAGCUUAAACUAUUCCAAAAUGUGCUGGAACCAAAACAUAUUAGUUUACCAAAUGAUUUCUAUAAAAAUGAAGAAGCAGCUUGGAAUGAGUGUAUUCACUUGUUAAGAAAACUCAAUCAGUACAAGACACCAUAUGGUAAAAUUUAUAUUGUAGAAAAGGUUUUUAAACGAGUAUCUGAAAUUUGUACACAAGUAGAUCGAGCAUUCUCAUCAGAUCAUUUAUUAAGUUGUUUAAUUUAUCUAGUUUUGAAAGCUUGUCCUCAUAAUCUUAAUAGUGAUAUGUGGUUUCUAGUUACUUUCUGUUUGGAUGGAAUUUAUAGAAAUGAAGGAAGUGAAUUGGACUUUUUAUUAACAACCAUGUAUUGUGCCUUAGAGUUUUGGGAAAAUGUUCCAGCUUUUGACCAAACUGAACAAUCAGACGAAAAGAUAUUUAAAUCUUUUAUUGUUGAUGAACAAGAAAAGACCAAAUUCAGGAAGGCAUUCAAAUUAGCGAGAAGGAAAACACAAACACUCGAAAAGAUUAUUAUUGAGAAUUUCACGAUAUCUGGCACUUAUGAGCUUGCUAAGAAGAAUGUUUGGGAUCGUUUGCUCUUUAUACUUAAGGAUAAGCCUAGUGAAGAAGUGAUAUCAUUGGAUAAUAUUUCGACAAUCAUGUCAUAUGGUAUCCUCACUCACGAAUUACUCGGAGAUUUCUUAAACUUGAUGAAAAAUUACUUUACACCAGAUCUUAUGGAAGCAAAAUCUAAUUGGCCAGAAAGUCUUCAAAAGGAUUUCCUAUCUCAACUUCACAAAUUUAUGGCAUAUUUAACAGAAACAUAUUAUAGAUCAAAAGGAUCAACAGUACUUUACGUACCAAAUGAGGAUAUUGAUUUAGAAAAUGCUAAAAACCAAAAGGAUUUAAUUCAAAGAUUAGAAAUCGCUUUGAUGCACUGGACUUCCCAAAUUAGAGAAGUUGUUAGCGAAAAGGAUUCAUAUGGAGAACAUGGUGAUAAUGCUAGACCAUUGUCGGAAAUUGAAUAUUGGAGAUCCAGAGCAGAUGACCUUAUUAACAUUAAAAAGCAAAUCCAAAGAGAAGAUGUACAGAAGAUAGUUACAGUUCUAUCUAAUUCGAUAUAUUUAAGUACUUUUGAGAAAUUAUCGACUGAUAUUCAAAAAGGUUCAGAUGAAGCCUUGGAUAAUCUUAAAUACUUGAAAACUUUGCAAGAACCUUGCGAAAAACUUGCGCAAGCAAGUCCACAAAUGAUUUCAGACAUUUUACCAGAAAUAUUAUUCAUGGUUCAAUUAAUUAAUUCUAAUUCUAACAGCUAUAAUACAUCUGAAAGAAUAUCUGGAUUGCUUAAAAAGAUCAGUAAUGAAAUUAUUCACAUUUGUACAGCCAAGAUUUCUUUGACAGAUAUUUUCAAUGGAAAUGUUGAGCAAUGCAUGGAAAUUUUAAACCAAAGUAUCAAGGCUGGUGACUACUGGAAAAAUUUAUCAUUAGAAGAGAACGAAAGUGAUGCAUUUAAUUAUGAUAAGAGUAGUGUUUUCUCUGAAAUUGAUGCUUUUGUAGUAAGAUGUGGAGAAUUACUUGAGGUUUGUGAAGCCCAGUUACAAUUUGGAAGUUUCACAGCAUCAAUAGAUAAUACAAAGAAUGGUUUACCAAAGUUUGGAGGUACUAAAGGACCUGAGGUGACAAAGAGUUUUGUUGAUAUCAGAAUAUCUUUCCAAAAAUUAAUUAACGACUUGAGUAAUCUCAAAUAUCCAAUUUUGGAUGUUAAAUCAACUAAUUGGAAUGAUGACUACAAGAAAUUCAAGAAUGGAAUUAAGGAUUUGGAGACUAUGAUGCAAACGGUUAUUACUAACGCUUUUGAAACUGUAACUGACUUGCAAAAUGGUAUUGAAUUGUUGGAAGCUUUUUCUUAUUUAGCAAAACGAGAAUCAAUUAAGAGAAGUAUUGAAACCAAGACUCAAUUCAUAUGUUUGAAAUUUAUCAAAGAGCUGGAGGAUGUUCAAAAAUCUUUUGAAUUACAUAGAAAAAACCCUCCUGUUCCAUUUAUUUAUCCAACCUAUUCUGGUUCGGCUUUAUGGGCUAAAAGACUUCAAGACAGAAUUAAAAGAGAUAAGGAUUACUUGAAUAAGGCUCACUUUUUACCAAGAACAAAGGAACAUCAGGAAGUUGAAAAGAAAUAUCAACAAGUAUAUUCAAAUUUAGAGAAACAUGUGUUGUCUAUGUUUGAAUCUUGGAACCACUCUUUUUCAGGGCCAGAGCUUCAUUAUAAGUUAGAAAUUCCUUUGCUUGUUAAAUUUGAAAAGAUGUUGAAACUCAACUUUGACACAAGCUUGUUAAACAUUUUUGAAGAAGUUAAAUAUUGGCAAAGAUUUUCUAAUUUUGAUAUUAAUGAACAGGCUUUAGAAAUGUAUUGCUAUGCCGAGCAAAUGCGUUUGUACAGAGAAAAUGUUGCAUUAGUCGCUAGGGAUUAUAAUAGUAUUAUUACCAGUUUAUCCGAGCAAGAAUCUAGGUUGUUUGUCAAAUAUAUCAAAGAAAUUGAUAAGCAAAUUCUUCCAGGGUUACAUACUCUGGGUUGGACAUUGAAAAUGCAUAACGAGCAUUAUCUUACUGAAUCAAGGAAGAAGUGCAAAGAUGUUAAGGAAAUUAUUUGCGAUUUUAAGCACAAUGUUACACAAAUUUUUUUGAAUUGUAAGAAAAUGGCAGAUACAUUACUGAUUAAAAUUGAAAAUAAGAAAGUAUAUGAUGGUGAAACAAAUGAGUUUGAAAGAGAACAAGAAUCAUACAGAAAGCUGGUAAAGGAUGAACUUGUUAAGUGUCAUGAAAAUAUUGUAAAUAUGAUGGUUAAGCUUUAUGGAUAUUUUGCAAAUGGAGGUCCAGAGAUAUUCGAGGAAUGGUGGGCCUUUGUUGACAAUGUUGAACUUAAGAUUGAUCAGUCCUUGAGAAUGACAGUCAAAAAAUCCCUCCAAAAGCUUCUUAACUCUAUUAAUGGAGUUGAUUCUGAAAAAAAUAAUGAAGGAGGUGGAAUCAAUAGAAAUCCAUUGUUCCUUGUUAGAGUUGAUUUGAAAGAAGAAAAUGAAGAUGAAAUCAAUCCUGGUUUAAAUCCAAAUAUCAAGGAAAUGAUGACAAUGGUAACAAACGUAAACGGUGAAACAACCAAGAUUGUUACUGUCGUGCCUCGUUUGAAGAGGGUUCUUAAGGAGAAAAUCCUAGUACAUAUAAGAGAGGACAAACCAGAGAUAGAAGAGGAUAAAAUUGAUCCUAACUUGUUUAUUCCUGAGGAAGGAUCUACAAAUUACUAUGAAAAGAAUAUUGAACUUGAUCCUGAUAUUAUCAAAUCAAUUGUUUCUAUUAUGGAAGGAAUGGAUGCUAUCACCACAAGAGUUUCAGAAAAUCUUAAUGAAUGGAAAGAAUCAUUCAAAUCUAUUUGGAGUGUGGAUAAGGACAAUUUUAUCAGAAGAUUUGGUAUUCCUCAUAACCGUAAUGCAGGCUCUUUCGAGAAAGAAAUCAACAAAUAUAGAGAUGCUCACCAAGAAAUUCAAAAUAAGGAUCCAACAAUGUACAUUGGUUAUUUGCAACUUGAUUUUGCUCCACUUAAACAAACACUUUUCAUGGAAUGUAAUCAAUGGCAAUCUAAACUUCUUGAUCUCUUGCAUAGUAACACCAAGAAAGAGCUUGAUAAGAAUUAUGAACUUUUCGAAAAGAAUGGAAAGGGAUUACGAGAGGAACCAAGAAAUCUUGAAGCUUUGGAAAAGAAAAUCGAACUUGUUGCAAGAAUGGACGCUGAUUAUCCAAAGAAGAAGGCUGGUUUCACUCCUCUAUAUGAGCAAUAUGAGUUGUUGAGAAAUUACGAUGUCAAAAUUGAUGACCGUGAACAAGACAAUCUCGAUAAUUUGGCUGAUAACAGCGCCAAGUUUGAAGAACUAAUUGAAAAGGCAAGAGGUGAAUUAGAAAAUCAAAAAGAAACUUUCCGUAUGAAGUUGAGGGCAAAUAUCGACAUUUUUGCAAAUUCACUUAUUCAACUCAAAGGAGAGUUCGAAAAUACAGCACCUUUCUCUUCUCAAUACAGCUUUAAAGAAGCAAAAGCAGUUCUUGAUUCUUUCCGUGAUAAAGUUGAAGCUAAGAAGAAAGAAGAAGAAAAGCUUAAGAAUGGUUUGAAGAUAUUCAACAUGCAACCACAACAAUACAAAGAAAUCAAAGAUGUUGCUAAGAGCAUUGAAUCACUUGAAAAAGUUUGGGUGCUCAAGAGUGAAUGGGACAAAACUUAUGAUGAAUGGAAGUAUACGCUCUUUGGAAAGCUAAACAUUGAGGAAAUGGAAGGAACUUCCACAAGAAUAUCAUCAAAGCUCACAGCAAUGGGAAGAGAGGUCAGAGAUUGGGGAGUUUUCAAUGGGUUAAUUGACAAACUUAAUCUUGUAGCUAAAGUUUUGCCAUUAAUUCAACAGCUUAAGAAUCAAGCCAUGAGAAAGAGACACUGGUCUGAACUCAAGGAUAUUAUAAAACAAGACUUUGAGGAGAAUUCUAAAGAGUUUAACUUGGAAAAGAUUUUCAAGCUCAACUUGGAAAAUUAUGUAGAUGAUAUUACAAACAUUUCUAAUAGAGCAAGUCAAGAAUUAAUUUUAGAAAAAGAAAUUAAGAAGAUUAGUGAUAUUUGGUCUAAUACUUUCUUAGACAUUGUCCCAUAUAAGGAUAAUUAUUUCAAAUUACAAUCCACAGAACCUAUUUACAUUAAUUUGGAUGAUAAUGUUGCUUCACUUGGUGGUAUGAAGUUAAAUCCAUUUAUAACAUCAUUCCAAAGUGAUGUCAAGUUCUGGGAAGAAACUUUGGCAAAAAUUAACGAAGUUAUCGAUUUGCUAUUGCUUGUUCAAAGACAGUGGAUCUAUUUACUUAACAUUUUUGAUGUUGAAGAUAUUCAAAAACAAUUACAUAAUGAAUUUGGUGUAUUUAAAUCCGUAAACUCUAGUUGGAAGAAUUUAAUGAAAUCUUUGAGUGAUAAUAGAGGAAUACUCGCUAUUGCUAAGAGAGAUAACAUUAAUAUCUUACUUUCUGAAAUGAAUUCCAAACUUGAGUUAAUCCAAAAGCAGUUAGAUGGCUAUCUAGAAUUGAAGAGACAAGAAUUCCCAAGAUUCUAUUUCUUGUCUGAUGAUGAUUUGCUUCAAAUUUUGGGUCAAAGCAAAGAUCCUAAUGCCAUGCAACGUCACUUAUCUAACUUAUUUGAAGGAAUUAAGAUGUUGAAGAUUGAAAAGUCCAGUGAUUCUCGUCAAUUUGGAUUCUUUGCCAAGAGUUUUAUUAGUAAAGAGGGAGAACAAAUGGAAUUCAAUCACCCAGUCCCACUUGAAGGAAAUGUUGAAAAAUGGCUUUCACAAGUUGAAUUAUCUAUGAAAGCAUCUAUUAAGAGAGGUAUUUUGAAAUGUUUUUCAGCUCUUAAGAAUUACUCACAAGAGUCCUCAAGAGAGUCUUGGAUCAAGGAAUGGCCUGGUCAAUUAGUGCUUUUGUCUUCCCAAUUAUAUUGGACUAAGAAGAUUGUUAACGUCCUUUCAAAGCAAAAAGAACCAUCAAAGAUUUUGAAGGAACUCAAACUUAGACUGAAACCAGAAUGGAUGGACUAUCUUACAAGUUAUAGUUCUAUGGGUAAGGAUAUGAAGUCACUUGACAGACUCAAAGUUAUUGCUCUUAUUACUCUCGAAGUUCAUGCAAGAGAUGUUAUUGAUAGAUUGAUCAAAUGUAAGGUAACAUCUUGUGAUGACUUUGAAUGGCAAAAACAAAUGAGACUUGAGUGGGAUGAAGAAAAGGAUGGAUGCAUUGUCAAGCAAGGAACUAAUGAAAUUGAUUAUGGUUAUGAGUACAUUGGUAACUGUAGUAGACUUGUUGUUACACCAUUAACAGAAAAAUGUUUCCUGGCUCUUACAACAGCUUUACAACUGAAGAAAGGUGGUUGCACACAAGGUCCAGCAGGUACUGGUAAAAGUGAAACUGUCAAAGACCUUGCCAAGGCUGUAGGUAAACAUACCUUAAUCCUCAACUGCUCUGACAGAUUUGAUUAUCAAUCAAUUGCAAAAACAUUCUCAGGUAUUGUUCAAACAGGUUCUUGGUCAUGUUUUGAUGAAUUUAACAGACUUGAACUCGAUGUUCUUUCAAUUGUUGCACAACAAAUUCUUCAAAUUUUGAACGCUGUUUCAAUUGGUGUUGAGAGCUUCAUUUUUGAAGGGAAUGAUAUCAAGAUCAAUCCUACCUGUGGUAUUUUCGUUACCAUGAAUCCUAACUAUGUCGGAAGAACAGAUUUACCAGAUAAUUUGAAGGUUCUUCUCAGACCAGUUGCAAUGAUGGUUCCAGAUUCUUCUUUGAUUUGUGAAAUCAAACUUUACUCACAAGGAUUUAAGGAUACUCAAACAUUAUCAAAGAAAAUUACAACUAUUUAUGGUCUUCUUAAUGACCAACUCUCCAAACAACCUCACUAUGAUUUUGGUCUUAGAAACAUAUGUUCUUUAUUAAGUACUGCCGGUGAAUAUAGAAAGAAUCAAUUAACAGAGGAUGAAGAUUUAAUUAUUAUGAUGGCUUGUAGAAGUAUGAAUCUUCCAAAAUUGAAACCAGAAGACAUUCCAAUCUUCAACUCCAUCAUGAGAGAUAUGUUCCCUAACAAAGAGUUUAUUGACAAUGUUAAUCAAGCAUUAUCAGAUGCCAUUACUCAGGUCUUAGUUGAGCAAAAUUAUCAAGUUUCAAAUUAUAUCAUUUCAAAAUGUGUUCAACUUGAAGAAAUUUUGGCUGAAAGACAUGGUGUCAUGUUGAUUGGUGAUACAAUGUCUGGUAAAUCAACUACUUGGAAGAUUCUACAACACUCUAUUAGUAAGGCUUUCAGAACUGAUAUCAAGGAAUAUGUUAUCAAUCCAAAAUCUUUGAAUCAUGAUGAACUUUAUGGUAAUUAUGAUAAGAGUAGAGAUUGGAAAGAUGGUGUAUUCUCAUCUAUCCUUAGAGAAGCUGUUAAAGACUCAAAAGAAAACAAACAUCAUUGGAUUGUUUUUGAUGGUCCAAUAGAUACACUUUGGGUUGAAUCAAUGAAUACUCUGUUGGAUGAUACCAAAAUGUUAACUUUAAUUAGUGGUGAUAGAAUUCCAUUAACACCAAAUAUUAAUCUCUUAUUUGAAGUAUCAGAUGUGAAAUCUGCUUCCCCUGGUACAAUCAGUAGAUGUGGUAUGGUUUACUUUAACUCUAAUGAGUUGGGAUGGAAACCAAUAUUGAAGAGUUGGUUUAAUCAAAGAAGGAAGUACGAAGAAAAGAUUGGUUAUCCUACACCUGAUACUAUCAUUGAAUUCUUGAGCCAACUUCUCUUGGAAAAGAACUAUAUCCAAAGAGUUCUUGAUGAAAAGAAUCAACAACACGAAUUAGUUCAUUUAGUUGAUGCACAUGCUGUAAAGUCUUUCUGUGCUAUGUUUGAUGCUUUGGCAACAGUUGAAAAUGGACUUGAUCCUUCUGAUUUGGAAGUUUACCAAGAUUUAAUUAAGAAGUAUCUUGUUUUCUGUUUAAUUUGGACUAUUGGUGCAUCUGUUGAUGAAGAGGGAAGAAAGAAGAUGGAUAUUUUAUUCAGAGAAUAUGAUCCUCAAUUCCCAAGUUCUGAUACUGUUUAUGAGUACUAUAUUGAUUCAAAGAGCAAAUUGUGGAGACCUUGGAAUGAAAGGGUUAACACAUCUUGGAAGAUGCAAAAUGGCGCUCCAUUCCACAAACAAAUCGUACCAACAAUUGAUACAGUUAGAUCUUCUUUCAUUAUCCAAGCUUUACUUAAAUCUAAUCAACAAGUUUUGCUUACUGGUAAUUAUGGUGUCGGUAAAACAGCAAUCAUUCACUCCACAUUAUCACAAUUUGAUGAAAGACAUUACACCACAUGUGCUAUGUCUUUAUGUGCUAAGACUGAAUCUGCUGCUGUGCAAAAGUUAGUUGAAUCAAAGGUUGAAAAGUCAUUAGACACAUACACACCAUAUGCAGGAAAACAAAUGAUUAUAUUUGCUGAUGACUUUAAUAUGCCUGAAAAGGAUGAAUUUGGUUCUCAAGCACCUCUUGAAUUGAUUAGACAAUACAUUGACUAUGGACUUUGGUAUGAUAGAAACAAAUGUACAGUCAAAAAGUUAAAGAAAGUUCAAUUACUUGCUGCUAUGGGUCCAGAAGGACAAGUUUCUAACCGUUUAAUUACUAGAUUUAACGUUAUUAACAUUACCGCACCAACAGACGCUCAAAUCAGUAGAAUUUAUGGUACUUUAAUCAGUCAAAGAUUGGAGAAAUUAGAAGAAGCCAAAUCCAUUACUGAAGAAUUAACAAGUGCAACAUUAAGAUUAUUCAAAUCUGUUGUUUCUUACCUUUUACCAACACCAAAGAAGAGUCACUAUACAUUCAACUUGAAAGAUUUAUCAAGAGUUUUCCAAGGAAUUGUUUUUGCUGACCAUGAAUCUCUUGACAGCAAGGAUCAAACCUUGAGAUUAUGGGUUCAUGAAUGUUAUAGAGUAUUCCACGACAGACUUUCGAAUGAAGAAGAUAGAAAGUGGUUUAGAGAUAAGAUUGGAGAACAUUUAUCAGAUGUUUUUGGAUAUAAGUGGAGACGUUUGUAUAGUGCUGUUUAUGAUGAAGUCCAAAACACAGCCCCAUCCCAAUCACCUUCACCAGGUGCCGAAGCUCCGACUGUCUCAACCACUGAUUUUAUGGAUUCAGAUGGUAUUUACAAACCAACUCUUUUUGGUGAUUUAAUAAUGUUCCAUGACAAGAGAAGUUAUGUAGAAAUGCCAUCAGUUGAAAUGGUAAGACAAGAAUUAGAUACCAGAAUUAGAGAAUAUAAUGAUAAGUCUGGAAAACCUCCUCUUAAAAUUGUUCUCUUCCAUGAAGCUAUUGAACACAUUUGUAGAAUUUAUAGAAUUCUCAAACAAAGUAGAGGUAAUGCACUUUUAAUUGGUGUAGGUGGAAGUGGUCGUCAAAGUCUCUCAAGAUUGGUUACACACAUGAUUGGAUACAAACUUGUUGAGUUCCAAAUUUCUUCAACAUUCUCUCUUAAAGAAUUCCAAGAAACAAUCAAGGAGAUAUAUUGGGAUGCUGGAUUUAAGGGUAAAGAAAUUGCUUUAAUGUUUUCUGACUCUUCAGUUACUGAGGACAUUAUGUUUGAAAAUGUUAACAGCUUAUUAAGUACUGGAGAAAUUCCAAAUCUAUUCAGUGGUGAAGAAAUACAAACAAUUUAUGACACUUGUAAGAGAGAAGCUAUCAUUAGUGGUUGUAAUGAUUUGGUGGAAGAAGUCUAUCAAUACUUUAUUGAAAAAGUCAGAAACAAUAUUCAUGUCAUCACUUGUCUCAAUCCUACUGGUAAAUUAUUCAAGAUGAGAAUGAGAAUGUUCCCAGCAAUUGCCAAAUAUUCAACCAUUGAUUGGUUUAAUGAAUGGCCAGAACCAGCUCUUAGAGAGGUUUCUGGAUCUUUCUUGACUGAUAUCAGUAAUGUAGAAUACUUCCUCCAAAAGGAUGAAGCAUCUGAAAAAUCCAGACCAACUUCUCCUUCUUCAAAUAAGCCUCAUGAACAACAAAAGGCAUUUAGAGACACAAUUUCUGAUGUUUUUGUCAAAGUACAUAAGCACGUCAAACAAAUGUCUGAGAAGAUGAAAGCAGAGACUCAAAGAGUCAAUUUUAUUACUCCAUCAAAUUACUUGAACUUGGUUAAAGACUUUGUAUUCUUGUUGGAAAAGAAGAAAUCAGAGUUUACUAAGGCUGUUGAAGACAAUGAAUUGGGUGUUAGGACACUUGAAAACACCAAUAUUGCUAUAAAGAAGAUGACUGUCCAAUUAGAUAAACAACAUAAAGAAGUUGAUGAAAAGAAGAAGAAAUGCGACAACUUGAUGGAUCACAUUGUAGGAAGACAAACUGAAAGUAACAAUAUUAGAGGUCAAAUUAGUGUUGAAAAAUCUCAAAUUGAAAGUGAAAAAGAAAAGGCAAACAAGUUACAAGAACAAAGUAGAAAACAACUUAGUGAGGUUGAACCACUGCUUGAAGCAGCAGAAGAACAAAUCAAGAAUAUUGAUCCAAAUGAUAUUUAUGAAAUCAAAAAGUAUACCAACCCAUCCCAAGAAGUUAUCAAUGUUUUCAACGUAAUUUUGAUUAUCCUUAAGAAGGCAGAAACAAAUUGGGAAGGUAUUAAGAAUCAAAUGUCAAAUCCAAUGAAAUUCUUGAACUCAUUGAUUGAAUAUCCAAAAUCAGAAAUGACAGAAAGAUUGGUGAACACUAUUCAUAAUGCUAUCGAAAGGUACGAGCUUAAUAAUUUGGAAAAGAUUGAAGCUGCCUCUGGAGCUGUUAUUGGACUUGCUAAAUGGGCUAUUGCUAUUGAAAAGUAUGGAAGAGUCUACCAAAGUGUGAAACCAAAGAGAGAAGCUCUUGAAAAGGCCGAAAGAGCAGCAACUGAAUAUCAAAUUAAGCUUGAAAAGACAACUCUGUCUCUAAAAGAAUUUGAAAAAGAAUUGCAAGAGUUAGGUAAACAAUAUGAAAAACUCAUUGAAAAGCAACUCUAUGAAACAGAAAGAAAGUUGACAAGAGCCAAAGAAAUGACAAGCGCAUUGGAAAGAGAGAAGGGAAGAUGGCUCCUUACUAUUCAACGUUAUAAGAGUGCACUCAAGAAUCUUGUUGGUGAUAUUUUACUCACAGCUUCCUUCAUCAGUUAUGCUGGUCCAUUUACUCCAACCUAUAGAAAGGAACUCAUCAACUUCUGGAUUAAGGAAAUUUCAGAUCAUGGAUUUGCUGUUAGUCCAGACUAUAGCAUUGACAAGGUGUUAUCCAAAGCCACUACCAUUAGGGAUUGGACAGGAAAUGGAUUACCAUUUGAUAACUUCUCAGUUGAAAAUGGUGUUUUGGUCAUGAACGAUAACAAGAAAUGGCCAUUGAUGAUUGACCCUCAAGGACAGGCAAAGAAUUGGAUUAAGAAAUUCUUUGGAUAUGAUAAGAGUACAUCAUUGGAGAAUGCAAAAAUAUAUGUUACAUCACUCAAAGAUCCUAAACUUAUGAAAGUUAUGGAGCUAGCCAUCAAGAAUGGUGUCCCUGUACUUUUGGAAGAUAUUCUAGAAUCUCUUGACCCAUGUCUUACUCCUAUUAUUAAGAAAUCAAUUGAAACCAUAUCUGGUAGAGAUGUAUUAAGACUAGGAGACAAAGUACUAGACUAUAAUCACAACUUUAAACUGUUUUUGACAACUAAAUUGUCUAACCCAAGAUACUCUCCAGAAGUUGUCUCAAAUAUUUCAAUUAUCAACUUUACUGUUACUGCCCAAGGAUUAGAAGAUCAAUUAUUGGCUAUUUUGGUAAAGAAGGAAAAACCUGAACUAGAAGACCAAAAGACAAGUACUGCAUUAGCUGUAGCAGCUGCCAACAAACAAUUAGAAAUCUUACAAGCAGAUAUUCUUCGUGCAUUAUUGAGUGACCAAAGUGAGGAAUUGUUAGAGAAUGAAGUAUUGAUUACCAAACUCCAACAAUCAAAGAAGACAAGUGAAGAAGUUACUGUUAAACUUGAAUUAUCUCAAGAAACAGAAAAGAAGAUUGAUAACGCAAGAAAUCAAUAUAGAGAAGCUGCUAGAAGAGCAUCUAUUUUAUACUUUGCUCUUUACGACAUUGGUCAAAUUGAUGUUAUGUAUCAACAUUCUUUAGAUUCAUAUAUUGAACUCUACAAGAAGAGUAUUGAUAACAGUCCAAAACCAAAGAGAUCUGAUCAACAAAUUCAACAAAGAAUUGAAAUGUUGAACGAAUACCAUACUUAUGAGUUCUAUAAGAAGGUAUGUCAAGGAUUGUUUGAAAAGCACAAACUUCUCUUCAUUUUCCAUCUCUGUGCCAAGAUUCUUCAAAGUGAUGGAUUACUUAAUUCUGAAGAAUAUGACUUUUUCUUGAAGGGAGCUCAAUCUCUUGAAAAGGAGACAUCAAAUCCUCUAAAGAGUUGGUUACCUCAACAAGCAUGGGAAGCAAUAUCAGAUAUGGAUAGAAUUGUACCAUUCUUCCAUGGCAUUGCUAGAUCAUUUGAAGAAGAUGGUGAUGACUGGAGAGUGUGGUUCCUUUCAGAUCAACCAGAAAAUGAUCAUCUUCCUUCAGAAUGGCAAACAAAGGUUGAUGAUUGGACAAAGAUGUUAAUUGUUAGAUGUGCUAGACCAGAUAGAUUAAUUAAUAUGAUCAAAUCAUUUAUUGUUUCAAGAAUGGGAUCUGAUAAGUAUAUCAAACCUCCACAACUUGAUAUUACAUCUGUUUAUGAGAAUGAUUCUGAUUGCUUGACUCCAAUUAUUUUCACAUUGGCCCAAAAUGUAAAUCCACAAGAGCAAAUUAUCAAGAUUGCAACAGAAAAGGGUAUCAAGAUCAAUAUUUUCUCACUCGGUAGAGGACAAGAGCAUUGCAUUGAAGAUGCUUUGAAUAAGGCUGCAAGAAAUGGUGAGUGGGUAUUCCUUGCCAAUUGUCAUUUGAUUGUAAAUUGGCUUCCUAAGCUAGAUGAAAAACUUGAAACACUUCUAAAGAGAGAUGAGGAUGGUACUAAUUCUAAGAUUCAUCCAAACUUUAGACUUUGGUUAUCAAGCAAACCACAUCCAAAAUUCCCAAUAAGCUUAUUGCAUAGAUCAACAAAGGUAGCAGCAGAGUCACCAACAGGUCUUGUUGCAAAUAUGACCAGAUUAUUCAAAUCUAUUUCUCCUCAACAAUUCCAACUUGAGGGUUCAGCUAAACCAGUAGAGUAUAGAAGAUUAUUAUUUGCGUUGGCCUAUUUCCACAGUGUUGUAGUUGAAAGAGGUAAAUUUGGAAGUAUGGGAUGGUCAUCAAACUAUGACUUUAAUGAUUCUGAUUUUGAAUCAGCUUUGAGAGUGAUGAAUAACUUACUUCAUAAGCAUCCAAGAAUUCAUUUCGAUGCCCUUAGAUAUAUGAUUGUUAACAUUUGUUAUGGAGGUAGAGUAACUGAUGAAGUGGACAAGAAGAUUUUAGAUACUUACUCUAGACAAUUCUUCAAUGAUUUGUUGCUUGAUAUGAAUGAUUUCCCAUUAUCUUUGAAUGAUGAAAGAUAUUUUGUUCCUGGAAAGAAUGUACUUUCAAAGUUUGUUGUAAACUCUAGUAAUAUUCCAAACACAACAACUGAUCCAACUCUUGAUCAUGCUGUGUUCAUGAAGUUUAUUAGGGAAGGAAUGCCCCAAAAUGAUACACCAGGUGCAUUUGGUCAAACUGCUAAUGCUUUUGUCACAAGCCAAAUUGAAAUUGCCAAUAAUUUGUUGAAUGGUUUAUUGAAGAUUACACCACAAACAGUUCAAGUUGGAUCAAACAAUAUUUAUCUCAAGAUACAACAAGAUAUUCAGAAUCUUGUUUCAAUCUUGAAGGAAAUCCCUGAAGAAAUUAAUUCUUCCAAGAUUCCAGAGUUUGAUUAUCAUCAUCCUCUUUUAGUUGUACUUGCUCAAGAGUGUGAAAGAUACAAUGCUUUGAUUCAAUUGGUUAGAAAGACUGUUGAACAAUUGCUUAAAGCUGCUAGAGGCUUUAGUGCCAUGGAUUUAGUAUUGGAGGAUUUAUUCCAUGAUAUCAAGUCGAAUAAGGUCCCAGCCAAGUGGCUCACUGCUUAUCCAUCAACAAAAUCACUUUCUUCUUGGAUUGUUGAUUUGAAUAAGAGGGUUACUUUCUUCAGAGAAUGGGCCACAACAAAUGUUGAACCAGCUGUUUUUUGGUUGUCUGCCUUUACCCAUCCUCAAGGUUUCUUGACUGCAGUCAAACAAAUUUCUGCCAGAAGAUUCAACGAUGUUGAUAAAUCAGUUGAGAAAUUAGAUUUUGAAUUCCAAUUUACUGGCAAAGAUGUCUCACAAAUCUCAGAAGGUGCCAAAGAAGGUGUUUAUAUUUACGGCCUUAUUUUAGAAGGAGCUGGAUGGGAAGCCUCAUCUCAAAGUUUGACAGAACCUCGACCUUUACAAUUGAGAAUUGAUUUACCUGUUGUACAUAUUAGACCAGUUCCACAAGAAGAGUUGAAGAAGUACUCUAAUUCUAAUAAUUACUUCAAAGCUCCUGUUUACAUGUCACCAAUGAGAUCUGGAAUAAGUACUAUGGUCUGCUAUUUCGAUUUGAAGAUUAAGCAACAAUCAAUUCCAACAACCUCAGCAAUGUUCAUUAAUGCUCAACUCCCAGAUGAUAAGCAAAUUGAUAGAUCCAAUCCAUUAGGAGGAGUAAUUACAUAUUCUGAUCAUUUUGUGAAGAGAGGUACAGCCUUGUUAUUACAAGAUUAA